UUUUAUUUUUUUUUAAUUGAAAAAUUUCCUAUAAAAUUAUAUACAUAUUUUGGACAUGUUUCGUCAAUUGUUUGACUGCUCUAAAUUAUAUGGUGAGCGCCUGUUAGUCAGCAGCAAGUCGGGCCUGAGCUACUACGACCGUAGAUCAGCCGUGAUUGCAGCUAGGUCUAGUUAUUUCAAAAGACAUCUAGCCCUACUCACAUCCCAGAGUCGCUUCGAGGCCAACCCGAAUCGAAACUCGCGCCGAUGUGCUGCCAACGACAGCCAACUGCCUGCGCGACGGCCUCCGACUGCCCCCCGACGACUGCAGCGCGAGAGACGACUCCUGGCGAUUGCCCCAGUUGAGGUUCAGAGUCACAGUGUCUCCGAUCAAUACCCCGUUCAGACGCCGCUUGCGCUCUCCGAGGCGGCCAGCAGCCAGCCGAGCGAGCCUUGGGCACCCGAAGUGCUGCUCAGUGUGGCCAACCAGCCCGAGGUGCGCGAGCAAGGCGAACCACUGAGAGAUGAAGUGCUGUACGGCUUGGUGUCACAGGCGCAGGCAUCCAAGUCGGACACAUGCAACAAAAAGCCAGAAGGCAGCCGCGGCGCCGGCGGCGGUGCCAGCGGCGAUAGUGCUGCCAGUGGUGGUGCGGGUGCUGCUGGCGCGGGCGGUGGGAAAGCUGGGAGUGGCGAACGUGUUAUAACUCUGAUGCCCGGCGAUGGCAUCGGGCCGGAGAUAGCGGCGUCCGUGAUCGAGGUGCUCAAGGCAGCUGGAGCACCGUUGAAAUUCGAGGCGGUCGACGUGACGCCCACGCUCGAUAAGGACGGCAAGCAGUCGAUACCGCAAGAGGUGAUCGACAGCAUGCAGCGCACCAAGCUGGGCCUCAAGGGACCGCUGAUGACGCCCGUGGGCAAGGGCUUUCGUUCGCUGAAUCUAAUCCUGCGCGUGCUCUUCAACCUGUACGCGAAUGUACGGCCGUGCAAGUCGCUGGAUGGCGUCGAGACGGUCUACGGCAAGGUGGACGUGAUAACCAUACGCGAGAACACCGAGGGCGAGUACUCGGGCAUUGAGCAUCAGCUGGUGAAUGGCGUGGUCCAGAGCAUCAAGCUGAUAACGCGGCCCGCCUCGAUGCGUGUCGCCGACUACUGCUUCAAGUACGCCCUGGCCAUGAAGCGCAAGAAGAUCACCGCGGUGCACAAGCGCUCCAGCAUGCGCAUGUCGGACGGACUGUUCAUCCAUUGUGUGCGCGAGGUGUACGAGAAGUACAAGGAUCAGCUGGACAAGAAUGGCAUCAAGUACGAGGAGGCGGCGAUCAGUAAAGUCUGCCUCAAGAUCGUCGACGAUCCGACUCAGUUCGAUGUGCUGGUCAUGCCCAAUCUGUAUGGCGAUAUCAUGUCGGACACCUGCGCCGGCCUGAUCGGCGGCCUGGGGCUGACGCCCUCGGGCAACAUUGGCAUCAAUGGCGCCAUCUUUGAGGCUGUCCAUGGCACAGCGCCCACCAUCGCUGGCAAGGAUCUGGCCAAUCCGACCGCCCUGCUGCUGUCCGCCGUGAUGAUGCUGCGCUACAUUGACUUGGGCACCCACGCGGACAAGAUCGAGCGUGCGGUCAUCAAGACCAUCAAGGAGGACAAUGUGCGCACCAUCGAUCUGGGUGGCAAAGCGAAAUGCUCGGAGUACACCAAGGCCCUCAUCAAGAACAUCAAGUGAGCACUCGAUAUCGUUGAACUGACAAUGCCAGUGGUAGGCACUCCACACCAUAUCGAUCUGAAGACGGCACAUCUAGUAUAUAUCUGUAUUUUUCUAUGUCAACUAUUUUGCUACAGGUUGUCCUUGAAACACUUAUCGUUCUAGAGUCCCAAUUCAUGAAAUUCACACACAAUUUUCGCUCCUCGAAAUUUGAUUUGAUUUAUGAUCGCGACUAUUUCAUUAUGAGCUAAGCUGCCUUGCAAUGAAAUUGAUGUUUAAAUAAAAUGGAAAUUACGCAUAACUGA